UCACGAACUCCGAGAAGCGACUGAAAACAUUAUUCAACCCGAGAGUAUGUCGGGGAAGACGAGGAGCGUAUUUGGAACCGCAUUUAAACAUUUUGUAAAUUCCCUCAAGCCAAGGCAGACCUUGGGAAUAUUUGUUGGGGAUGAUUAUCACGGUAACAAAUAUUAUGAAAUACCAGCAGAUCCUAGAAGAGGAAAGAGACUUCCCAAGAGAUGGUAUGUUCCCCCAGUAGCCAUGCAGUAUGAUCAAAAACACAUGCCGGCAGAGUGGGACGCAUGGUUAAGAAAUCGCCGUGCAGAGCCCCCAAGUGAAACAGAAUUAAAAGAUAACUUAACCCUUUCUAUAACGAAGAAAGAAAAUGCUGACAAACUAGCUUUGAGAGCAGGUAAAAAUCCUGAGGAAGUCCUUAAGCAUUCAGAUAUGUCCUCUUUUCCUGUCUAUGAUGAAUAUGAAGUCACUCCAGGAGAUGGAUCCAAAUUCAAAUCAUAAUCACUUACCAUUUCCAAUAUAUAGAUUUCAAAUAAAGGUAUUAGUACAUUUAAUUAAAGAUUAUGUUGAUGCUGUACUUUAAUAUUUCAAAAAAAUAUUUUAAAUACAUUAUCAGAAUUAUCAUUUCUAACCAGUUGAGUCUACACAUAUAUAUAUGUAUAUAUUUCAAAAAAAGAUUUGAAUAAAUACAUUAUCAGAAUUAUCAUUUCUAACCAGCUGAGUCUACAUAGAAUCGAUGGUUUGUGAAGAGUUUAGAAUAAUAAAAAUAUACUUGUUCAUGUAGACUUA